AUGGCUAGUCUUGUUAGAAAGUUAUUUUCUGUUACCACCGUUACAAUUCGUCGAACAAAUGUACGUCUAGCUUCUUCUAAAAGCGAUGCUAAAAAAAAGGAAGAGGAAAAAAAGGUAUCGAAGGAACAGUUAGAAGAUAUCAAAAAAAACAUAGUUGUAGAGAAAUUCGGUGGUAUCACAACCCUUAAUAUAGAUAGACAGAAAUCAAGAAAUAGUUUAGAUGAGGCCACAUUAAGAGAAAUGUCUGAAGCUAUUAAUACAUUCGACAAAGAUCCAGAAGCAAAAGUUCUUGUGUUUAACGGCGAAGGUGGCAGUUUCUGUUCCGGUUUCGACCUGGACGAAGUUGGUGAAAAGGGAUAUCAAAAUUUCAUUGAUGCUGGGUCAAGACUCCUUCGUCGGCCACUCUGUGAUAAGCCUACCAUAGCUGCGGUUACAGGAUAUGCUGUGGGUGAGGGUUUUGAACUGGCACUUGCUUGUGAUCUGCGGAUCAUUGAAGAUACCGCUGUUCUCGGUUGUCUGGGACGGAGAUUUGGAGCACCCCAAAGUCUGUAUGGUGGUAGACGGCUAACAUCUCUAAUAGGUCUCUCUCGAGCAUUAGAUUUAUUAAUAACUGGUCGACCGAUCUCCGGUACAGAGGCACAUGCUUUGGGCCUAUCUUGUAAACUAACUGCGACAGGAACUGCUCUCGGAGAAGCAAUAAAAUUAGCCAAAUCAUUGACUAAAUUCCCUCAAAAUGCUCUUAUAAUGGACAAAUUAGCGGCCGUCAACUCUCAGUUGAAUCCAAACAGUGAAGAGAGUAUGAGGGAUGAAGCCAUCAUGAACAGCCUUUUGGGGUCAGCUCUAGAAGAUUUGAACGAGGGAAUUAAAAAGUUCCAAGGAGGUAUCGGCAAACAUGGGAAAUUCUACAAACUGACAGAAGUACCACUCAAAGAUUGGGAGCUAGAGGAAUCAUUUGAAGAAAUUGUCAUAAAAGAUGAUGAGGGAAAAGAUGAUAAAAAGAAAUCUUAA